AUGCAGACCGAAGGGGGCCAACGGUGGGCAAGAAGGGCUCUGCUCCUCGGCGUCCUCUGGGCCACCGCACACUUGCCUUCUUCAGGUGCACCCUUGCCCCGUCGUCUCCCGAGGGCCACAGGAAAUAGCACUCAAUGCAUUGUGCCUCCAUCCCUGGAAUUUCCUGAAGGGUUUUUCACAAAACAGGAGCGCAAAGAUGGAGGCAUUGUAAUCUACUUCCUAAUUAUCCUGUACAUGUUCAUGGCCGUGUCUAUUGUCUGUGAUGAGUACUUCCUACCCUCCCUGGAAAUCAUCAGCGAAUCCCUUGGACUGUCUCAGGAUGUUGCAGGUGCAACUUUUAUGGCAGCCGGUAGUUCAGCUCCUGAGCUGGUUACUGCUUUCCUGGGUAAAUAUUGCUCCUUAUAUUUUUUGCUUACUCUAUGUGAUUUUAUCUUCUUCAAGUCUGGUAGCACUAAUGUAGCAAUUACCUUGCUUAUAGGUGUAUUUAUCACAAAAGGAGACAUUGGCAUUAGCACCAUUCUUGGAUCUGCAAUGUAUAACCUCUUUGGCAUCUGUGCAGCUUGUGGCUUACUAUCUAAUGUGGCCUCAACGCUAUCAUGUUGGCCCUUAUUCAGAGACUGUGCAGCAUAUGCAAUUAGUGUAGCUGCAGUUCUUGGCAUAAUAUUCGACAACCAAGUUUACUGGUAUGAAGGAACUUUACUGCUUUUGAUAUAUGGAUUAUAUGUUUUGGUGCUGUGUUUUGACAUUAAAGUUAACCAAUAUAUUAUAAAGAAAUUCAGCCCUUGCUGCACUUGUCUUGCCGAAACUACGGAGAGGAGAAGUGAGCAAGAACAACUGAUGGGAUGGGAAGACGAGGGUCAGCCACUCAUCCGCCGGCAAUCAAGAACUGACAGUGGGAUUUUUCAUGACGAUUCUGGCUACUCUCAGCUUCCUUUAAGUUUACAUGGUCUUAGUCAGGUUUCUGAAGAUCCACCAAGUGUUUUCAACAUGCCUGAAGCAGACUUACAAAGAAUUUUUUGGGUACUAUCCCUUCCUAUCAUUACCUUACUUUUUCUAACCACACCAGAUUGUAGAAGAAAGUUUUGGAAAAAUUACUUUAUGAUAACCUUUUUCGUGUCGGCACUAUGGAUAUCUGCAUUUACAUAUAUCCUGGUUUGGAUGGUCACAAUAACUGGGGAAACAUUAGAAAUUCCAGACACAGUAAUGGGCCUUACUUUAUUAGCAGCAGGAACAAGCCUGCCAGACACGAUUGCCAGUGUGUUGGUUGCAAGAAAAGGCAAAGGAGAUAUGGCUAUGUCUAACAUCGUGGGAUCCAAUGUGUUUGAUAUGCUGUGCCUAGGUGUUCCAUGGUUUAUUAAAACUGCAUUUAUAAAUGCAUCAGCUCCUAUAGAAGUGAACAGCAGAGGACUAACUUACAUAACCAUCUCUCUCAACAUUUCUAUUAUUUUCCUUUUUUCAGCAGUUCACUUCAAUGGCUGGAAACUAGACAGAAAGCUGGGAGUAGUCUGCCUAUUAUUAUACUUGGGGAUUACCACAUUAUCGGUUCUAUAUGAACUUGGAAUCAUCGGAAAUAAUAAAAUAAGGGGCUGUGGAGGUUGA